AUGCUAAAACCUAUAUCAUUUGUUCGAGGUUUUCGUGUACCAAAACAAAAAGAUAUUGAUGAAGCACUUGGUAAUGAUGCUUCAUUUUCGAAUGAAUUUAAAAUGUCAUUUAAUUCAUUACCACAUCCAACAAGUGAUCUAGAUUGGUUAGCAAAUUAUAGAGAAAAAGGUCAAACAUAUACACAAUUUCUUCGUCAAUGUCCAUUUUUUGAUGAUAAUCAUUCAUUACAAAAAUAUAUUUAUUUAACAUUACUUGAUAAUGAUGAUCGUUUAUUAUUAUUAAAUAUUGAUCGUUUAAUUGAUUAUACAAAACGAUUUUUUCAAAUGGAAAUUAAACUUCUUCCUUUAUUUACAAAUAUUAAUUGGAAUAAUACAAAACAUACAUGGAUGUGCACAAUGAAAGGUAGGAAUGAUUCAACAAAAGAGAUAACCCUUCGUACACGUUAUGACUCAACAAGUGGACAUUCACAAAUUUGUGUAGAUAAUGUACUUAAUCUAUUAAAGCGUUCACUUCCUAGUGAUGCUCGUUGUCUUGUUGCAAUAACUUUGCAUGAUUUGUAUUCAGCUGAAUCUGAUUUGUUUAUUGCUGGUUUAUGUCAUGGAAAUUCAAGUGUAGGAGCUUUUUCCUUUUUUCGUUAUGAUCCUCGUUUAAAAUUCAGCGAAGAGUUUUGGUAUGAUUGGAAAAUUAAAAAAACUAAAUCAAAGUUGAUGUCAACGAUUAUAUUAAUGCGAUCAUGUCGUCUUCUUACACAUGAAAUAGGACACCUACUUGGUAUUGAUCAUUGUAUUUAUUAUGAAUGUUUAAUGAAUGGAAGUGGACAUUUAGAGGAAGAUUUUGCUCAGCCAUUGUUUUUAUGUCCGAUUGAUUUGAGAAAAUUAUCUCAAUUAGCAGGUUUUGAUAUUAUUGAACGAUAUGAACAAUUGUUAGAUUUUUGUACAGAGAAUCGAUUCAUAGAUGAAAUCAAUAUAUUAAAAAAACGUUUAGACAUAUUGAAGAAUGAAAAACGAACGGUGCAAACAAAAAAGAACAAGGAUUUCGAUCAUGAAACAACACAAAAAUCUAAGCGUUUGAAGAAAAAGUGA